UGAUGUGUCAAAAAAAAGUGGUACAUGGGCCAACCUUGUUCUGGUGUAGGAUGUGACGAUUUAUGCUGGGAGCAACGGUUUAAACUAAUCGUCGAUCAUUCACACACGAAAUCACCGAAACAGAGAGUGGAACAUGGUCUUGAGGCCACAAAUUUAAGCGCUGUAAGUGGCACAGUGAAUACAUUGCUAGUGUAAGUGGUUCUGAUAAAUUCUUCGAGUGAUCGCGAUUGCGUGCGUGCGGUGUUGUUGUGUUCUGAUCCGCUUCGAAAGAGUUGAAUGACCAGAAAGAUGAAGUUGUAUUUGCUUCUAACAAUCCUGUUAUCUUUAUUCGAGUUCGGAUACGUGGCUCCAGCCUUCGGAGAUGCCUUUCGCGUUGGAACGGAGGAAACGUUUGAUUUUUCCAACGUAGUUCAUGUGGGCAACGGUAAAAAUGCAACUCUUCCAUUUGGGUAUCAAACACAUGCAACGGUUAUUGUGGGAUCGGUGUGGGGCGAUGAUGAAUCAAAGUUAUUGAAAAUUCAGGUGCAAAAUCCCUCGCUUGUUAGCAUUCCAGAUGGCAAAGUUGGAACGAUGAUUGGAGCAGAAUCUCCGUUUUACGCGUGGUGGAAUUUAGGGCAAAUCAAAGAGGUUUAUUUUGAAGCUUCAGACGCACUACCAGUGAGAAACUUUAAGAAAGGAAUAUGUGCCCUGUUCCAGUAUCAGCUGCUAGAUGGCACGUACAGUGAGGUGGAUCCUUCUGGGGAGUGUGAAACUAAGUACAUAUCGCACUCUUCCACCCGUUAUCACAAGUCCAAGGGAAACUGUCAUUACGAUGCAAAGCGGAUGCAAAGAUCGGAAUAUGGUUUACGAAGCAAUCUUAAAACAUCGCGCAGUACGGAUUUCACCGUGUCUACGGACGGCGCGCUACAAAAAAUCAAAAGCCAGGACUACGUGAAAUACUUGCUGAACGCACAGGAUCGGUUUGGACCGUACUAUGAGUCAAUCAUGCAAAUGAACGUGCAAGGAAGCACUCAAAAAACGUCAACGCUGGAAGGAUCAGACAUUGCAGGGAUCGUCAAAAAGUUGUCCCUGGAGAAGGAAACGCUUCUGACAGAGGAGUAUAAAUCAUCGUGCAAAGAUAAUAAUUGCGAUAACAUUAUCAGUGUAUUUAAGCAGCUUAAAAAUUCUCUAACGAAUGAUAAUGUCGGCAAAGAGGCAUCUGCUACGGCAAUGGUCGACAUGUUGCGGGCAGCACGAAAAGCGACAAAAGAAGAUUUAGUGCGUAUUAUCAAAGCAAAAUCAUCCAAUGAUAUGAAAGGUCAAAUAGUUGAUAUACUGGGAGCAGCACAGACGAUAGCUUCUCACCAGGCUGCCAAAUCAGAAUUGCUAAGCAGCUCAGACGAUGAAAAUAUGUUCCUUGCAGAACGUUAUUUACAAGCGCUUGCUAUCGGCACGCGUCCAAAAAAGGAAAUUGUUGCCGAUUUGUUAGAAAUGGCACUAAAAGAGCACAUGAAUGUUAAGUUUUACGAUAGCCUUAUCCAAUGUCUGGCAGCAGUAACUCGUCGAUAUGCUCAACUCGAAGGAAACUCUUAUGAGACAGAAGUGGUGAAGAAGGUGGUUAAUUUUCUGGAAGAAAAGAUCGACGAAUGCUCAAGAGAAGAUUGUAAGCUUAAAUUCAUACGCGGACUGCAAAACCUCAAGUGCCCUAGAACAGCGGAUAGAUUGAUAGAACUUGCUCAAGAAUCCACCAAAGCCGUCAGUGUAGCAGCAAUGAAAGCUCUGCGCUCGUUUUCUGUCUAUUUAUGGAACGAUGAGUUCAGGGCCAAAUUCGAAGAUAUUUUCUUCCAGGUGUCGAAACGUUAUGAUUCUAGUGCACGAACUCUGGCGCUGGAUAUAUUAUUGGAUCUGAAGCCGGAUCAAGAUGAGCUAUCGCAUCUAGUACAAUUUUUGAAAUCGAAGGACAAAGCGUACGAAGUGAAGCAGUAUUUGCUGCAGAAACUGCGGAUGGCUGCCGCACAAUGCUCAGAAUUUGGAGCAAUGCUGAAGAAUAUUAUCGAAAAAGAUGGCCUUCUAAACAACUACAACAUACUCGCUCCCAAGGGACUAUCCACGGCAUUAAGUCGCAAAUUUUCGACCGCUCCGUCAUUUAAUGCCUCGCUUACCAGCUUGCAAGAGAUGAGUGGAGGUGUGUUGAAACGUGGCAUCGUUGAUUUGACCCUGGAUGUAAGCGACGAAAAGAUGAGCUUGUUCACGCUAGGGUUGUACGCAGGAGGAAUGUCGUCGUUUGUUAGUAGCAAUGACGAGGAACAGAUAACAGACAAUAACGAAGAGGAAGAUACAACAGCUGGUAUGGAGCUGUCGGUGCAGGGCGUGGUAAUGAGGCCGUUGGAAUUUUUCAACGGUAAGGGAGAAUUGAUGGGACAUGUUUGGAGCGGUACAGCAUCGGAGCCUACACCAGCCUACCAGGCCAUCACACUGUUGCAAGACAACGAAGAACGGUUUGCUUCGCACAAUGGUGUAACGCUGGCGCUCAGUUCUACCGGAGCAAUAUCGAUUGAUCUAAACGGUCAGGUGACUAUGAGCUUAUGGGGUCGAAACGCGCAAUCCAAGGUAGAACAGAAUACUGGAAUCAGCAUGACUAGCAGGUUAUCUUUUGAUACAUCUUUUGCAUCAGUUGAUGUUCGGUUCAGCUCCGUGCAGGCCCCACAGCUGCAUUUGUCUUCUGCUCUAGACUUCUCCGGUGAUCCUGCUUUGUGCAUGCAACUAGUUCAGCCCAAGAGUACACUCAAACAUCGAUUUGUCGGCACAAUAGAUUUAAUAGGAACAAAGCACCAAGCAUCACGCAAAACUACGAAAACAUUUAAGCUGAAUGGAUUAACGCAUUCACUGAAUAGGAAAAAUAACGAUAUGUGUAAUUUGAUUUCAAAAAGCUGAUACCGAGUCUCAAGUAAGCCAUGACACGCGGAUAGAUUGCAAAAAUAAUUAACGAGGAAGUUAAGAAAAUUAGGAAAUUGUUCAAGCCGGGUAAAGUUAAAUAUGCAACUAUCAUAAUGGACCAUUCCUAUGAAAUCUCUUUUACAUCACUUCACUUACUGAAUCUGACAUUGACUUACAAUUGUGCAAUUCUAAUGACAAAUAUAGUGAUAAUAUAACACCGAUAAUGGGGCUCCCUUUUGUUCCCUUUUGGGUUUGA